UCUCUCUCUCACACAUCACAUUCCUUUCUUCCAUCGUCCUCGAUCGCAAUUAGGGCAACGACAAACGCAAUCGGAUGAGCGGCAUGGUCUUCGUCGAUUCCGCUUCGGGCGAUCUCCUUUCUCGCGAGAGCUGAUCGUCCCCUUCCGGAGUGCUAGAGCUGAGCUCGACCCCGGUUCGCCUCCGCGAUCACCGGUCGGAUCCGGCGACUUCUCCCCGGGGAGCUGCUUGAGCUGAUCGAGAGAUGUUUGUGCUGGAUUGGUUCUACGGUGUCCUGGCCUCGCUCGGCCUGUGGCAGAAGGAGGCCAAGAUCCUCUUCCUCGGGCUCGAUAACGCCGGCAAGACCACCUUGCUUCACAUGCUGAAGGACGAGAGACUAGUUCAGCAUCAGCCCACGCAGUACCCAACUUCUGAAGAGUUGAGUAUUGGGAAAAUUAAGUUUAAGGCUUUUGAUUUGGGAGGCCAUCAGAUUGCUCGCAGAGUUUGGAAGGAUUACUAUGCCAAGGUGGAUGCUGUUGUCUACCUGGUUGAUGCUUAUGAUAAGGAGAGGUUUGCAGAAUCAAAGAAGGAACUGGAUGCACUCCUCUCUGAUGAGGCCCUUGCGAAUGUUCCAUUCCUUGUAUUAGGGAACAAGAUUGACAUACCCUAUGCUGCCUCUGAAGAUGAACUGCGAUACCAUCUUGGUUUGGCCAACUUUACCACUGGAAAGGGAAAGGUAAAUCUAGCAGACUCAAAUGUCCGUCCCCUGGAGGUAUUCAUGUGCAGCAUCGUUCGCAAAAUGGGCUAUGGUGAUGGUUUCAAGUGGGUUUCUCAGUACAUUAAGUAGCAUAUCGAUCCACACGAUGCAGUACAGCCCCCUUGAAAAAAAAAUGUAUGUUUUCAGCAUUCACCCUCCUGUUGUUUUAGCGCUGGAGCUUUGCUUUAAACUGGAUAUAUGUUGUGAAUGUGUUUGGAAGGAGGAAUCGUUGUUCUCUCUCUGUAAGAUUUACUUGUGGCAACAAGUUCGUCUCUCCGAUAUUGUA